AUGGAGACAGUGUUGGAGUCUCACUGUGAUGAACAGCACCCUCAUCAGGCUGAAGACUUCCAUGGGAAGCCGGAGCAGAACAGCAAGCUUUCAGGAAUAAAAAAAGAUAUUGAAAAACUUUAUGAAGCAGUGCCACAGCUUGUAAACGUGUUCAAAAUUAAGGAGAAAAUUGGAGAAGGUACUUUUAGUUCUGUUUACUUGGCCACAGCACAACUACAAACAGGAUAUGAGGAAAAAAUGGCCCUGAAACACUUGAUUCCAACCAGCCACCCUGUGCGAAUUGCUGCUGAACUUCAGUGCCUCACAGUAGCAGGGGGACAAGAUAACGUUAUGGGAGUUAAAUACUGCUUUAGGAAAAAUGAUCAUGUGGUUAUCGUUAUGCCAUAUCUGGAACAUGAAUCCUUCUUGGACAUUUUGAAUUCUCUUUCCUUUGAAGAAGUGAGGGAAUACAUGUUUAAUCUGUUUAAAGCGUUGAGGCGCAUUCAUCACUUUGGUAUUGUUCACCGUGACGUCAAACCCAGUAACUUCCUCUACAACAGGCGGCUAAAAGAGUAUGCCUUGGUAGAUUUUGGCUUGGCACAAGGAACCCCUGAUACAAAAAUUGAACUUCUCAAAGCUGCCCACUCUGAAGACCAGCAGGGAAGUUGCUUGCAAAAUAAUCCCACCAUAGCCUUGGGAAAUGGGGUUUCUGUCGGUGUCACAGCACCUAAGCAGAUAGCUCAACAGGCAGCCUCAAAAGCAGCUGAUAAAAGGUCCAUCUCGCUUUCAAAAACACAGAUUAAACAAGGAAGAGGAGGAAAGGAGGAUUCUGUGCACCAUUCUGUUCAGCGCUCUGUCUUUGGAGAGAGGAAUUUCAAUGUCUAUAGUUCCACACACCAGGAGAACUCAAGUACAAAACUCAUAAAACAAUCAAAGACGGUAGAUGUUUCAUCUAGGAAGUUAGUAACAAAGAAGAAGAUUAUUUGUACCAAAACAGUGAGCAAUGGGGCAGCCAGGAAAGCUGCCAGUGGUUGUCCCUCAAACCUGACCUGUGACUGUUAUGCAACGGAUAGAGUUUGCAGUGUUUGCCUUUCAAGGUGUCAGCAAGUUGCUCCCAGGGCAGGAACACCUGGAUUCAGAGCACCGGAAGUAUUGACAAAGUGCCCCACUCAGACCACAGCAAUUGACAUGUGGUCUGCAGGAAUCGUAUUCCUUUCUCUGCUGAGUGGACGGUAUCCGUUUUACAAAGCAAGUGAUGAUUUAACUGCUUUGGCACAAAUCAUGACAGUUCGUGGAUCCAGAGAAACCAUUCAGGCUGCUAAAACUUUUGGUAAAUCAGUUCUGUGUACCCAAGUUGUCCCAGCACAAAACUUAAGAACCCUCUGUGAGAAGCUGAGAGGAACAAAUAGCAGCUGUAAGAGAUCCCAGGGUGAAGUGCCCAGCAAGUCUGUCAAUGACUCAGCUUUGCCAGUUGCAGUAGACGAACAGUGUGCUCCUGACACACUGAGAAAACAAAUUCAACACUUAAAAAGCUUUCAGGAAGGUGAUGGUGCUUUGGAAAUGAAGGCAACAGACAUGAAAGGAUGGGAUCAGGUUCCUGAUGAAGCAUAUGACCUACUUGAUAAGCUACUAGACUUAAACCCUGCAACAAGAAUAACAGCAAAAGAGGCUUUGCUGCAUCCUUUUUUUAAAGGCAUGAGACUCUGA